GAAAUGUACCGCGAAAUGUUAAUACUUAAGUGGAGCGUAUACUGCGCUUGCUGAAUCCCAUCGAUUUUAUUUCAGUAGGGUGUUUAGUACAGGGCUCUGGCUGAGCCCCUUUUGUUGUGAUAGAAAAGCACCCUGGUUGCUUAUACCCGCGCCAGACGGAGAUUACACAAUUGCAAAUGUUCUAUACUCAUUCGAUUUUGUUUACGAAAGUUACCGGGAAUUUAUAACCUAUAUCAGAGUGUCUCAAAACGGUUCAAUGCGUCUGAUUGUCUUUAUCUAAGUAGUGUUCUGUGCAAUAUUGGAUCUGAUAUAUUUUGAAUAUUCAGAUAAAACAUGGCGUCGCAUCAUUCUAUGAGAACGCUACAAAAGAAGCGAACGUCGAAUUUUCGCGAAGACGAGACCAAAUUGCUCAUACAGUUGUGGGGUAGCCCGCAGAUUCAGAAUAAAUUGUAUCUGACGCAUCGCAAGGCACCUGUAAUGAGAAUUUUGGCCGCCAACAUGCAAAGACAUGGUUUUUACAGAACGCCGGAUGAGAUCAAGACCAGAAUCAGAAAUUUGAAAUGUCUAUACCACCGAAUUAGGCGAACUGUCCAGUCCGGCGCUGGAGUUGGCACUGUAGAUCCGGACUGGCCCCAUUACCGAGCAUUGGAUUCAAUUUUAUCCAAAGAAGGCAUGAAGAAGGAGAACCUCUACAAGGAUAACGUCCUGGAAGGACCAAGAUGCGAGGAUAUAAAGCAAGAAAUAGACGACAUAGAAAUUAAGGAUGAUAUGGAAUCGUAUACAACCACCAGCAAUCACGGGUCCGAAUACGGAAGUGAAGAUGCUGCACCGUUGUCUCCGCUACCUAAAAAAGAAGACGCGAACACCCCGAAGACAUCAACAAAGGAAUAUCCAACGAUAAUGCCGAACCUGGCUAACUUUACCAUACCCCUCCAAACUCAAGUACAGUCACAACUCAACGCAGCCAAUGGCAGGCCGAACGGUGUGUCAUCCCUGCCCUUUCCCCUGUUGAUAGUACAACAAAAGCCUCAAACGAAUAACCCAGAUGCGAAUUCUUCAAAGACGUCCAACCUUGCAACGGUACAGACGCUGCAGCAGAUGCAACAGCCGAUGAAUUCCAGCAACCAUGACAUAAGUAUUCUCCUCAAAGAUCUUGUAGAUAUUCAAAGAGAAAAUUUAACAGUGGAAAGGCAACGCUUUGAACUAGAGAAAGAACGACUAGAAUACAACAAAAAUGUUGGCAAUCAACUGAUGACUUUAAUUCCGAUAUUUGGUAGUAUACUGCAAAAGUUUAUUUUUACUAAUGAAGUUACAAACUCCGAUUCCCCUAAUCAAAAAAAUGGAAAAAGAAAGAAAUCUACCAAUGAUGACAUACUACGGGAAAGUAAAAUAUUAAGAACAGUACUAGAAAAGAAUAUAAAAAAAUAUAUGUUAGAGGAUGAUCAUCAAGAAGAAAGUGAACCUGAUGAAAGUGCACUCGCAAUUAAAAGUAAAGAUGAACUUCCUAAAAUGAAAAAUUAAUACUCAUUUUCAUACAUUUUUACAUUCCAUGGGAUAUUACCUUAGUUUGCUCAUUGUUUCUAGUUACCUGAAUACUCAUUUAUUUUAAUUUAUUACAUAUAGAUAUUAUGUUUUGUUUUAAAAAAAUCAAUUAAAAUAUUUUGUUAUUUAA